AUGUCACAGAAGAGUACUGGAUUCUUGUCUCCGGAAUCAGAUGAUGGAGAGCGUCCAGAAACGGAUUACGAGCGUUGGCUUAGAGAUCAGCACGCGAAUGGUGCACCGCCGCAGGAAGCACCUAUUUCACCUGGUUCUCAACCUCCGACUCCACUCUACGGCGAUAGAGCAUCUGCCAAGGACCCAACCAUUGAUCCGCGAUCGGGCCUCAAGAGUGGCCUCUCAAUUUAUAUUCUCUUAACUAUUAUUGUGGUCGUAGUCGUCAUGACUCGGCUGCAGAAGAGAAGACGACGGUCGGCAGUACGCACGGGCGAUCCAUGA